UUACAGAAUUGGCAACACUGUUGAUGCAUUUCAAUUGCAUUUGCAUUAUUGCAUUCCUGGGACGAGAAGAACGCAGCCAACUUCCGGUGACUCGGUGAUUGUGCUGUUUUCAAACAUGGAGAGGUUAUCUUUUUGAAAUAAUAUGUGGGAAAUAGGCAACCGCGGUGCAGUCGGUUUGUUAAGUGUGUUUAUCGGGUCAGUGGUCCUCUACAACGCCUGGGGACUGAUUCUCGUCCUCGCGAUUUUACUUUUUUUAGUAGUGAACACGUGUUACUCCCUCCUUGUGAACGACAGUCUUGUGUCCCCUUAUAAUUUGUUAGUAUUCCGUUUCGCGAGAAGAGUUAUACUAGACAUCAGUAGCAUCAUUGAACAAGUCAGCGUUCUUCUCACGCGGUACAUUCGUGAUUUCGUAAACGCCGGAAAACGUUACUAUCGCCAACGAUUCAACUCGAGUCACAGUUCCAACAUGAACCGUUCUCGAAGAAGCUCUUAUCAUCUCAGCAGUGAGUCACUCGUCAAAGCUAGGGAUCCAUCAUCAUCAUCGUUUUCAAGUACAAAUGUUAAUCAAUUGAGUCCAAUUCCAAAGGAAAAGUUCCAGCAAAUCGACGACUGGAACGAACAUACCAGAUACGUCGAAAGUAAUGAAUCUUUGGUAAAGUACACAUCAACACCUCUAGUCCCUUGGAGAAAGGAGAAUGUGCCGAAUGGUGAACCGCAGAAUGUCUCGAUUCGAAAUUCACCGACCAAGGUUUCACCGCUGCAAGGUCGAAAUCACACAUUGUCCCGUGAUGAGACAUUUUUCAGUCCAGAAGGAUCACCCUGGGGAACAAGCAUCAGUCCGAAAAUGCGUGCAAAAGCUGCCGGAGUCAAGACUGUUCAGACUGUAGCUGGACCACUUUUGGCAUCAACAAGAUACAAUAUUGACACUAAAGUUUAUACGGACGUGACAUCGCCAGGUUUAACUACAAGAUUAUCAAAAUAUGCCUCGGAAAUAAGCAGUAAAUUACUUCAACAACCACAAUAUGGAAUGGGCCAUUUUCCAAAAGUCAAUCUCAAUGCUUCUCCGACUCCAUUAAUAAAUACAAAAACCGCUAAAAUGCGAAUGCCAGUUACAGUUAGAAUCGCACAACCGGAAGCAAUAAGAUAUUCACCUUCGGAGAGACGCAAAAUGUUGAGCAUGACGUGCCAUUCUGAUAGUCAAAUAUCAUCUCCCAAUGUUGUUCAAGCGCUUAGAGAGAUUUCUCUAAAACGACACGCUUCCAGGGAGGACGUUACAUCCGAUUUUGUGAAAAAGCAACGCACGGAUGUUAUUUAUAGCGAUGAAUUGGAAAAUUUGGAAGAAAUGACACAGAAACGUGCUAGGGAUGAAUCUUCUAAGUCAGACGAGGAACUCUCGCCAUCUCAUUCAGGUUCAAGGCCACUGAAACGUACCAAGGGCCAGUCCUGUAAUGAUAUUUUAAAUUCAUUCAGCUCCAGUGUUCACGUCUUUUCCGGAGUUAAGAGAAAAGCCACUGAUAUAUCGCGCAGUAACACUCCAGACAUCGAGAAGCAUUUCAAGUCAUUGAAAAAAUAUCCCAGUGAAGGCUUUACCACCGUUUCGCAGGAAGCGCCAAAAUUUAUUGAACGACACACAAGUGAACCGUUGACGGUCGUUAAUGUUCCCAUGAAUUUUGAGGCGAAAUCAAAAAAAGAGGUCUUACCGAAAGAAAUUGUCAGUAUCAAUGUAUCGCAAGCUGAGGAGCAAAAUAAAUCACCAGAUGCUUGGGAAAUUAAGAGACCGACUAUUUUGAAAAAGCCGAAAUCACCCACCAGUCCAGUGAAACUGUCCGAUAAGUUGUUCAUGCGACCAGCACCGCAGAAUAAUGAUAAAUUGCGAACUAUUAUCGAGCAACAAAGUAAUGUGAAAGACAAAUUUUCCAUGGCUGACCAGGAUGAAAUUAAGAAGAUGGAUAUUGUUAAUAUGCGACAAACUAGCAUGCGAGCCAGGCUUCAGAGUAUGUUUGACGCCAUUUCCGGAAAAGGUGCAAGUAAAAUUAAUCCCGAUGUUGUUAUUCAAGCUGGAGAGGAGAAGAAUAAUGUUUGUGACCCAACAUCAACGCCUUUUACCACUUUGAGUUCAACGACAGUAACGACAAACGUCAAUACUUCCCCGAUUUCCUCGCCUGUUGUGCCAAUCCUGAAGAAAGGUGUAACUAAGAAGUCACCGAACAAACGAGUGACAUUCAAUCUCCCUAGUUCCGUAUCAUCGUCAUCUUUAUCCACAGAAAAUGUUGUCUCUAAACCUCAAGCGAUUGAAACACCAGACACUCCAGCGGUUGGUUUUUUGCCCAGUACCGCUUCUAGUGGGACUGCCUCUACUUUUACAUUGGAAACCAGUACCUCUACAAUUCCAAUAUUGGCUCCUACUUCCAAUAUCGUGGAUAGUUCGAAAGAGGAUAUUUCGUGUGCUUCUAAUUUCAUGGCAUCCAAAACAGAAAAUACGACUUCAAUAUUCUCCAGUAAAACUCCUCAAGAUUUAAAGACGAAUCUAAGUUUACCCGUCACUCAGAAUUCAGUUGUUUCUGCUCCUUCUCAAAAUGUGAAUUUUUCUUCUUUACAAAAUACGAAUCUGGCUACGUCUCAGAAUUUGAAUACCACUCAGAGUGUUACGACACCGUCUUUCACUUUUGGUGCCGUGGCGAAAUCCCCAGAACCCGCGCAAACUUUUGGUCAAAAUACAGCAGUGAAUAGUGAAAAUACCCCAAUCUCCCUUCCAAGUUCAACCUUUUCUGCACCUAAUUUCAAUUCGACAAGUACGACUUCGUUGACGCCAACUUUCUCCUUUGGAGCAAGCAAACCGAUGGAAAAUAUACCGAAAACCCAACCCACCGCACCGUUUGGAUUAGCUACCACGAGCUUUUCCUUUCCCACAAACGCGACUCCAACUUCGAGUGCUUCAAACUUGAAUAAAGUGGAGACAACAUCCACAGAAAGUAAAACGUCGACCUUCUCAUUUGGCAAUACAUCCGUCAGCAAACCGGGAUUUUCUUUUUCGACGACUACAGGCUCAGCGCCAAUUUUUGGAGCAAACAACUCAUCAUCAUCAACUUUGAUCGCUGGAAAUCCAAUAAACCCAACAACAGCUGCGCCAGCUUUCGGAUUGGCCACGAAAAGCACUCCAAGUUUCACAAGUCCUUCCUUCGGAGCAGGAAGUAAUUGCAGUUUAAACUUCGGCACUUCAAAUGCGAAUGAAGUGAAAUCUUUCGGCAUACCGACAACGACAUCAUCGUUGUUUGGUACUACAACUUCGACAACUGCAGUGUCAUUUAAAUCGAUCAACAGUCAACCAAUUUUCGGUAACGCAUCUUCCGCGACACCGAGUGCUUUCAGAACACCGAAAACAACAGCCUCGUCUAUUUUUGUGUCCAAUUCGACGCCAACUUUUGGCACAUCAACAACAAGCACUCCGAGUUUGUUCACCAACAGUAAUGUCAAUACUACAACUUCAAACUUGUUCAGUCAGGGUAAUCAAGGUGCAAAUGCAGAUUCGGCAUCGACACCAUUUGGCACCAAUGUUGCCACAAAUGUAACUUCCUCCAAUCCAAUGUUGGGAGGUACUUCCAAUAUAUUCAGUCAGACAAAACCUCCUGCUUUUGGUUCGACAUCGUCGACUUUUGCUAAUACCGGAACGUCUCUUUUUGGAACGGCUUCGACGAAUCCUGGCGGAUUUAAUGCAACGAGUCCGGGAAACAGUGCUACAUCAGCUUUUGGCAGUGCAACAUCAACGACACUGUUUGGAGCACAAAACACAGGAACAACACCUGCUGUCAGUCAAAACUCCAGUUUUGGAUUUAGUACAACAAUCGCAAACACUCCUGCUUUCGGAACGACCGCAACAUCUUCUGCAUUUGGCAGCGGUGCAAAUAACAGUUUUCAGACACAAAAUAAUAAUAAUAAUAAUAAUAAUAAUGCAAGUACAGGAAUUAGUUUCGGUGCGGGAAGUAAUAACAAUAAUACACCAUCUUUUGGAAGUAGUUCUACAACGGGUUUUGGCACGCAGGCUGGAAGUGUCUUUGGAACAAGCACACCAGGUCCGGCGUUUGGAGCUGCUGCCAAUAGUAACACUAAUGGAAAUAGCACUAAUGCAAACGCGAGUGGAGCAUUCACAUUUGGAACGAGUCAGAAUCAAACACAGCCAGGGUCAACGUUCUCCUUUGGUGGAGCGAGUACCAAUACCAGUAAUAACAAUAAUGCCGCAACUCCCUUCCAAUUUGGAUCACCUGUUGCUAAACCAGCUUCAGGUUUUAAUUUCACGGCACCUUCAGCAGGACCAAGUAUUAAUUUUGGCGCAUCAACGACAACAACUUUUAAUGCACCGGCACCAGGAACAAGUAAUUUCACAGCUCCUGCUGGUGGAAUGUUUAGUAUUGGAACGGGUUCUACUGCUCCAAGAUCGAGAACUGCACGAUCUAGAAGACAAAGAUGAUGGAGAAUGUAAAUUUAAUUUUUUAUUGUUAUUUUUUUCAUGCUGAAGCCAGUCUUUAAUUUUUUUCCUAUUUAAGUUUAGUGCCGAAAAUGCUCAAACGUAUGUUGUAUAUAAUAAUUUUUAUGUAAUUCGAAAUUAUACGCAAUGACGCAACUAAAUUCUAGUUGCUGAUUAAAUUAAUAUAUAUUGGAAUAUAUAUCAGAAAGAGGUCAGAGAGAAAGAGGAAAAGAGUAUGAUUUUUAUGUUGUAUUUUUAUCACAUAUAAACAACUCUUCUCGAAAGUUUUAAUAGUCAAACGAAUUUAUAUAUAUCCAAAACAUUUCACUAAUUAUUAAGUGAUAAAAGAAAAUUCUUUUAUAAAGAUUGUUGCUUUAAUAUUUGACUUUUAAGUGUUUUUUUCAAGUUUUUUUCUCUUUAGUAAUUUUCUUCAAUGCACGUAUCUUUCUAUUAUGAGAAUUCAUUAUUUCCUUGACACAUACAAUAUUCUGAGUACCCAAAUAAUAGUGAAUUACUUAUACGCACUUGUUACUUAAAACAAAUAUACAAUUAUUUUUUUUAUUAUUGAAAAAGAGUGUGUAAGCGUAAAUUUAAGAAUACCCUUUUUGAUUGCGAUUUUUUGCUUACAAAGAAGAAGAAAAUACUAACGAAAUAAAAAGUUGGUUUGAUAUUAGACAAUUAAAUAAAUCACAGAAUAUUACCGUGAAAUAUUAGGCAGUGAAUUCAAACAAAAACAUUAGAGAAUUAAUUUUUCUUUGUAUAAUUGUAAAUAUUGAGGCAAGAUUGUGUUUCAAUUUAUAAAAUAAAAUUGUUUUCUCCUUCAUUAGUAGUUGCGUCCUUGCGAUAUCAGCAUUUGUUUGUUAUAUUGGUUGCAAUGUAGUUAAUGGUAUUUAGUAGAAGAAAUAAACGCAUACGUUUGACGAUAAUAUCAUGUAUAGAAUUGAAUUCACCAAUUAUUUUUAGUUAAUUACAUUGAAUUUUGUUUUAUAUUUCAGAUAAGCUAUAUAAAAGAUUAAAUUUGCAGAUUCAAAUGCAAAUUAACACUGAAAUAUUGCAAAAAAAAUUAUAUGAGCAGAUGUAAAACAUCGAAAAAAAUAUAAUAGGGUAACAAAAAGCUUUCUUCUUCGGAAUGAAAAUGUGUCUUGAAUUUUCCAAUCGUGGAUUAAAAUAUUUUUCACUGCUGCGAGAUAGAAAGAGGUGGUUGUUUAUUUUUUAAAAUUGUUAACGUAAUAGAAACAAAUGUAAAUAUGUGCGAGUAUUUAGCGAAUGAAUCGUUAGUUUAAAAAGAAAAAAAACCAACGAAAAUAUGAUUGUAUAGUUGAUGAGUUACAUAUGAUUAGAUUGAAUCAAGGAAAUCGCCUGUUUCAUUCUCAAAGAGAAAACAAAGUUGUCUGAUUUUAGAAUCACGAAGAAGAAAGAAUUUAUAUGCGGCACUCUUAGAGUAUAAGUUGAAUUUCAAGACCACAUGCGAUAAAAAAUGCAUACAUUAAUUUUGUUAGUUUAAUUUGCGUAUGAUUUAUAUCAUAAAUAGAAGAAAGAAAGGGAAACUGGAAUUUACGUAAGGAAAUUUUUUCAGUUUUUCAAAGCUGUAUGAUAUUAGAAUUAAGGAAAGAGUAAUUUAGCUCCGUUUAUAUUUUGUCAGCUCGUGUGAGGAAUAAUAAUUUUUAACAUAUAUUGUAAUAUGGCGAUUAGUAAUAUAUUAUUAUUAAUAUUACAAAUGAUUAUCGUAUGUAAGCGGAGAAAUAAAUCAUAUUCUCAUAUUAA